AUGGCCUUCGCUGGUCUUGGCCCACCACCCGCCCCAGCGCCUUCAAGAGUUGUCGAUCUUCAGUCCUGGCCCACCACCCGCCCCAAUCACCCACAAAUCGUCAUGGCUGGCGGUGUCGACGAGUCAGCAUGCGGAGCGGACACGACCGUGGCCACAACGACAAACGCACCUCUUGCGUGGCCAUCCGUGCUUAGCACACCUGCGGGCUGA